UUUGUGUUUACUGGCUGCAUCAAGUAAAAGUAAUGUGUGUUAAACGAAUAUGUAAAUAAUGAAAGAAUGUACCAGCUUUUUCAAUACACUAAAUAUUUAGGCUGUACAGGAAAUAAACUGGCCGGCAUCUCAUGUCGGAACCAACGUGAGACAUGGACACUGGCGGAGCUUAAUUCUCGGUGAACCUCGGGAAGCGGAAGUGCGUGAUCUCGGCGUAACGGGCGAAGUUUGUUACAUGCCGAGGCUUUUGUUUUUUUUGCACAUACAGUGGUGUGGUUGAAAAUGUAUGCUUUUUAGGUUAUACAACGGUCGAUUUGAGAGAAUUAUUUUAAGCAUGGCCAAAGAGAAGCGACACAGGAGAAGAGAAAGUCCGGAGCGUGAAGCCGAAGUAAAGAUAAAGCAGGAGAAACUGAGCCCUGCUAGGCCACAGAGAUCACGCCGCUCCAGGUCGAGAUCCCCCGGCAACUCCAGUCCACAGAGAGGAGGAACGAGUCGGUCACCUGCAAGGACGAGGGACCGUUCACCAGGUAGAAGGGGAACCUCUCCCGCCAGAAGAAGCAGCAGAUCUCCGAGAAAAAGGAGAAGCCGUAGUCCUCACCACGGGGAUGUCAGAGUAAAGCGGGAACGGGAUGAGCAUAGAGCUAGCGGCGACGAGAGAAGAAGAAGAAAUGAGCAACCAGAGGACAGACGGAGUAGGUGGGAAUCUGAUAGGCCACGGGAGAGAGAGCGCGGUGGGGAGAGGCAUAGGGAGCGAAAUGCUCUUGCCUCUCAACAAGCUGAACGACAGCAGCAAGAUGAGAGACGCAGGGAAAAUCGCCAGCGACGUGAAGAAAACCAAGAGCGAGACUUGGGGAGGUCAGAAGAAGAGGGUGAUGAGGCAAGCGCUGCUCCUGCUGUGAAAGAGAAGCCAAACUUUGAACUUUCAGGGGCACUCACAGAGGACACAAACACAUUUCGGGGAGUGGUGAUCAAGUACAACGAGCCGCCUGAGGCUCGGAUUCCGAAGCGCCGAUGGCGACUGUACCCUUUCAAGAAUGAUGAGGCUCUUCCAGUCAUGUACAUUCACAGACAGAGUGCCUAUUUGUUGGGGCGACAGAGAAGAAUUGCUGAUAUCCCGAUUGAUCACCCAUCCUGCUCCAAGCAACAUGCAGUAUUCCAGUACAGACUGGUGGAGUUUACGCGGGCAGAUGGCACCACGGGCCGGAGGGUAAAGCCUUACAUUAUUGACCUUGGCUCUGGCAAUGGCACUUAUCUGAACAACCAGCGUAUCGAGCCCCAGCGGUACUAUGAACUCAAAGAAAAAGAUGUCAUAAAAUUUGGCUUCAGCAGCCGUGAAUACGUGCUGCUUCACGAGUUCUCAGACACAACCGAGGUAGACGCCAAGCAGGAAGAGGAAGACGAGGGCCUUGAUGAGUAAAUUGUUCCAAAGUACUUGAUUGCCGAAGUUCAUUCAGGUUAGAUAAUAUCAUCAUCAAAAACAACAACAGAAAAAGAACUGUUUCUGCAGGGAAUGGAGCAAUAAGUUUGAACUGGUAAAUGCAGGAACUGAUUUAAAUAAUGGAACAGGAUUUGUUGGUGUAUAUUGUGUAAUUACUGAUCUCUUGCUUGAACCUGCCACAGCUGUCUCAAAGAAGACUUUUUCUCAGGUUGUAUAAUGUCUAUGUGAUAAGUGACGGAUCUUACAUCUCACAUUGCUCGCAUUACAUUAAGAUGUGCUCAGUGACAGAUAAAGAUAUCUCACCAAUCUAUAGUUAUAUAUUCUAUAUUUUUUUUGCACCACAGCACUUAGUGCAAAGCAUAGCUAAUUGUCUAUGUCCAUGCUAUAUGUGUCAGUGUACAUUACAUUAUUGGAAUGUGAACUCUAGAUUCAUGUUUAAAAAGCAUUUUUAUUGUCAGAGUAAACAUUGCAGUAUAAGAUGUAAGGAUAUUUCCUUUUCCUUUUUUUGUCUUUGCUUGUAGUGCAGGAAAAAUUAUUAACGCUGUUGUGUUCCCUCGCACUACUGGAAUCUGUAUGCACCAUUCUUAUUUUUGCCCAUUCAUAGAAGUUCAUAGUAAAUUUUCAUUUUUGUACUGUAAAUAAAAUUUUGAAGAGUUUUAUU